GUUAUAUUGAAGCAAAGGGAAAUGCAUCAAUGGAGGAUGUUGCAAAAAGCUAUUACAUGGAAUUAAUUUGUAGGAGUUUCUUACAACCUGACCCUGAGUAUGUGGAUAUGUCGAGAUGCACAAUUCAUGAUUUGUUGCGAGCACUAGCUGAGUUUUUUGCAGGUGAUGAAAGUUUUUCAGGCGAUCCACAAGAAGUACAAAGCACCGAAUUAAUGAAAAAACUACGCCGUUUGACAAUUACAAGUAAUAGGGAAAGUGUGAGCAUUCCACAUCUUGAUUGCCUAAGAAGCUUGCGGUUAUGGACUCCUCCAAGUUUGAACACACAAGUGGUUGGCAACUUAAAGCAUUUGCGUUUAUUAUUUCUCAAUGGAGACAAAAUUGAGAAUAUUCCAGACAGUAUUGGGGGUUUAGUGCACUUGAGGUUUUUGGAUUUGGAGCAUACAUGCAUUCAUAACCUACCAGAUUCUCUGGGAAAUCUCAUUAAUUUGCAAUUCUUGUUGCUUAAUGAUUGCAAGUCUUUGCAUAUCCUUCCAAAAAGCAUAACUAAGCUAUACAAUUUGAGGUGGCUUCGGCUAGAAGACACACCUUUGAAUUAUGUGCCCAAAGGAAUAGGCAAGUUGGAACACCUUCAUCAUGUGGAAGGAUUGAUCAUCGGAGACAGUGGUGAUGAUGGAGAGGAGGGAUGCAACUUAGAAGAGCUACAGAUGCUUGAAAAACUCAGUUGCCUUUCUAUAAGAAACUUGGAGAAAUCAAGCAUCAAAAGUUCUUCAGUACUACUGUCAAGCAAGACUCACCUCAGAGAACUACGGCUUCGUUGCACACCUAAUUACACUGAUGGGCAUAUUCAACAGCAAGAGAUGGACAAGAUCGUGCAAGUCUUUGAUGACCUAUGCCCCCCGCCAUGCCUUGAAAAGCUAGGGAUUCAAGACUUUUUUGGUGGUCGAUAUCCAAACUGGAUGUCGUCAUCCACUUCCAUUACUACUGCUCUUCAAGAGUUGAUUUAUUUGCAAUUAAUUAAUUGCUCAAAUUGCCCUCAUCUUCCCCAGCUUGGCCAACUUCCACAGCUCAAGUAUUUGAGGAUAGAUGGAGCAACUGCAGUUGUAUCAAUUGGCCCUGAAUUUCUCGGUAAUUAUAAUGGAGAACCUACAGAAAUUGCCUUCCCUAAGCUUGAAACCCUAUUAUUCGAGAACAUGAGUAAUUGGGAGGAAUGGUCAUUGAUCCUCAGUGGAGAAGAAGAAGAAGACAACGAGCCUGAAUCUAGCAAGCCAUUAAUGUUCUUCCCCCAUCUCAAAAGCAUUUUUAUUCUUAAAUGCCCAAAGCUAAAAGCUCUUCCAAGUGGCUUAAAUCGAGCUAACAUCCCACGAUUGUUCAUUAGAAAAGCUCACAGCCUUUCAAGGGUCUCCCAUCUCCCUACCUUGAAAGAACUGGAAGUCACUGAUUGCCCAAUGCUGGAGUGUGUGGAGAAGCUUGAGUCUCUGCAAAGCUUGAAGGUGAUUGAUUAUGAAGAGGACAAUGCUAGUCUCCCUCAGUGGCUCAUCUCUUUCCUCCAACAACGUCAAGAAAAGCCUCAUGAGGAUGAUCUAUUCAUGUUGCAUUUGGAGUGCAGUGUCCAAGCACUAAAGGGGUGUUUGAAAGGGCGUCCACACUGGUUGUUCAUCCAGCAAGUACCACGCUUCAUAGGCUAUGCAAAGAAUCAAAGCAUGUAUUUGAAGUACACCAAACAACCAUAUUACUAUGAAACCAACAUCGAUGAUGAGGAUUAGGAGGAUGAAUCCUUUAUUUGAAUUAGAUUACCACUGAAAAAUGACAUCCGAACACCCAUUACUUCUGGCAAAUCAAUAUGUGACUUGAUCAUGACUCAAGUGUAUGAUAAUAAUUUGAUGGUUUCAAGUUAUACAGAGAGGCCUGACAUUCUCUUGUGGGGGGUGGAUUCUUUCCUUCUUCAUGUUUUCUUUAAUUUUCAAUGUGAGUUGAGCUUGAAUCCACAUCUCCUUGACUGUGAAUUGUGAUAUGCAUGGUUCUGUUACUACUCUGAUGAAGCUCUCUGGAGGGGGAGUGUUCUUGUUUCUUUAGUAUAUGGAUGGAUUUAAUUAUAUGAUCUUCAAUUAUGCAUACUUGCAAGAAAUCGUGCGAUUUAUCAAUCUCUCAGCUACAAUUCAAUCUGAUGAGGAGGAUUCGUAGGAGAAUUUUAUGCAUGACUGGUGGCUUGAUUAUGUAGAUAAGAGAGCUAGAAUGAAAUUUGCUUCAACUUGUUAAAUGAGAUGUGGACAUGUAUAAUGGCAGAACUCCAUUGCAUUGUUUCAGGGUCACAGUGCCCAAGCAUUGGUGCCAUGUAUGUAUGCCUUGUGUAUUCAAUCUGUUUUGAAUUAUUUAUUUACAUAUUUUAUGAUUAGGAAUUAAGCUCAUCAUUUGUGGAGUUCUAUUUUAUUUACCCUGCAUUGGUUUUCUCAGGUGGAAUGGUGGAUAAACAUAUUUUUAUGGCAAAUAUGUGAGACUUUAUUAGGACUCAACUGCAUGACAUGCAGUUUCAGAGUACAAAUUACUUGGGUUCUUCUGAGUUGAGUCAGUUAUAUGCAUGCAGAUAUUUAAAUCUAGGAUGCGCAAUAGAACUUCAGAAAACACUAUGGAGCAUGGCUUGUGUGUAUGCUAUUCUAAUGAUGCUCUCUGAAGGGGAAGUACAGGUUGUUUCUUUAAUACUAGUGGUGGAUAUUUAUUAUGCAUGGAAGGGCUCAGGUGAUCCCUUGACUACAAUUCAAUAUGAUGAAGUUAGUUUCGACAUGUAUAACAACUGGAAUAGAGUCUGAUAAACAUAAUUUUUAUGGCAAAUUGUGACUUGAGGACCCAACUGCACGAUGGUUUGAGCUUACAAAUCACUUAGUUUCAACUUUCAACUUGAGUUAAUGUCACUUGGUUUCAACUUUGAUGAAGCUUUGGGUGGGAGUGCUGUGUUUUUUUCAUUAAGUAAUCUGCAUAGGGGGACUGAAGCUUGAAUUUCAAUUAGAGCACCAAAGGAAUGAGACGUGGACAAGCAUGACUUGGAACAAUGAUAAUAAAAAGGUUCUUCUUGGACUUGGAGGUGGCCACUAUGUACCUAGUCACAUGGAUAUUAAUUAUUCUGAAGGACGGUGCAUGAGUCGGGCACUUACUAUCUGGGUAUUCAUUGCAGAUGGAUGACCCGAACCAAAAGAAAGAACAGAAUAAAGAGGAAGGAGUUGGCGGAACAUGGAAACAUGCAAUCAAAGUUUCUUAUGAGGCUACUCAGCAAGCUUUUCCAGGGGGAGUAAUUUUGGCACAUCUAGAUCACAAGAGUUUUAAAAGUUGGCAAAAGAAUGCCAUCACAAGUUUUUUAGCAGAGCAAAAUAUACAAGUCGGGAAGCCUUCCGACUUCUUUUAACAUGAGCGCAUUCCUUCUCUCGUCUGAAUUACUAUAGCUUCUGCUAUUAUUUUCAUUCAUGAAAGUCUAUUCAUGAAUUAAGAUAUAUGUUCGAUUAAACUAUCGGUUUAUACAGAGUAAAUGUAUCCUGGAAGAAAUUUAACAGCAUUUGGUUGAAUUUUUUGAAGAAGAAAAGGUGACUAAAUUGAAGCUCUGUUAUAACCAAAGGAUUGGGGGAUUGCUAUGGCAGGAACUUUCUGUGAAUUGUGACAUGAAAACACUUGUAAGAAGAUUAAUGCACUAAAUAAACACAAAAGCAUCAUUACUCUUGGCUAUUUACCA